AUGUCCGCCCAACCACAAAUCAUAGUCGUUCCAGCCCCAGCCUUGAGAACCCCACCUCCAGCCUACUCCGACAUCGCCAAGCCAGCCAAUGACUUGUUGAACAAGGACUUCUUCCACUUGUCCACCGCCGCUGUUGAAGUCAAGACCGUUACUCCAAACGGUGUUGCCUUCACUGCCAAGGGUAAGACCUUGAAGGAUGAAUCCAUUGCCGCCAACAUCGAAGCCAAGUUCUCCGACAAGGCCUCCGGCUUCACCUUGACCCAGGGUUGGAACAACGCCAACGUCUUGGACACCAAGUUGGAAUUGGCUGAGCUUUUGGCUCCAGGCCUCAAGGGUGAGUUGAUCACUUCUGUCAUUCCAAACGGUGCCAGAAACGCCAAGUUGAACUUGUUCUUCAAGCAAUCCAACGUCCACGGUAGAGCUUUCUUCGACUUGAUCAAGCCAAAGGCCCUUGCGGACAUUUCCGUUGGCCAGGAAGGCUUCACCGUUGGUGGUGAAUUGGGCUAUGACAUUGCCUCCGCCAAGGUUGACAGAUACUCCCUCGGUGUUGCUUACUCCAAGUUCGACUACACCGUCUCCGCCAUUGCCUUCAACAACUUGUCCGUCUUUUCUGCCGCCUACUACCACAAGGUCUCCCCAUUGGUUGAAGCCGGUGCUAAGGCCACCUGGGACUCUGUCAAGCAGGGUACUCCAAAUGUCGAGUUCGCUGCGAAGUACAAGUUGGACAAGUCUGCCUUCGUGAAGGCCAAGUUCGCCGAUUCUGGUGUCGCUGCCGUUUCCUACUCCCAGGCCUUAAGACCAGGUGUCACCUUGGGCUUGGGUUCGUCCUUCAACGCCUUGAAGUUGGCUGAGCCAGUCCACAAGUUGGGUGCCUCUUUGACCUUCACCGCUUAA